CGAGGCAGGGCCAACUGCGUAGGAGACGGCGCGGCGAGGCGUGGUGGGGGCAGGGGCCCAGGCGCUUGGGGUUCACUUCCUGGGCGCUGGGAGAGCAGAGGCCGGCUCCUUCUUCUGCACGGGGGAGCGGCAGCGGGAGCUGAAGAUCGGGGGCACCAUUACUGGGCUAUGGUGGCCAAGAUCGUUCUAUUCUUGCUUUCUUCUCGAUUUUGCUGAGCUUCCCGUUGCUUCGGACGCAAUGGGGAACCGGAGGAUUUUCUCCUUGCCUUCUGCGACCUCGUUUUCGUGCUUCUUGCUCUUACUUCUGCUCCCCACCGCAUGCUACGCUCAGGAGAAUAAAGACUCGGCACAGCUCGAGCAAGUGGAGCGCGAUCAGGCGGAACUUGCCAAUCGUCGGACUCUUUAUCCAGACGUGAAGGAGAAGAAAUUGGAGUUGAGCGAGACAAACAAAGAGUCGACCGACGAUGGGGCUAGCGAAGUCCCUCCGAUGGAAGAAGGGUUGUCUGAUGCCUUCGUUACUAGUUUGUCCAUCAUACUCGUCAGCGAGAUUGGUGAUGAAACGUUCAUCAUUGCUGCUCUCAUGGCUAUGAGACAUCCACGAGCUAUAGUUCUCUCCGGUGCUCUAAGUGCGCUUAUUAUCAUGACUGUUCUUUCAACAGGGCUAGGCAGAAUCGUCCCCAAUUUGAUAUCUCGCAAGCACACCAAUGCCGCGGCUACAGUUCUUUACACGUUUUUUGGAGCUCGGCUUCUGUACAUCGCAUGGAAAGCAGAUCCGAACAGCACACCUCAAAAGGAACUGGAGGAGGUCGAAGAGAAACUGGAAGGUCCCCAGAAGAAGAGCACAGUUCGGCGCCUCUUGGCUCGAUUCUGUACACCUAUUUUCCUUGAGGCAUUUAUCCUUACCUUCUUGGCUGAAUGGGGCGAUCGCAGUCAAAUCGCUACCAUUGCGUUGGCCUCACACAAGAAUGCGGUUGGAGUAACGAUCGGUGCAAGUAUAGGACAUACCGUCUGUACGUCGUUGGCGGUUGUUGGUGGCCGGCUUUUGGCUUUGAGAAUUUCUCAACGAACUGUUGCUGCCGUGGGAGGAUUUUUGUUUCUGUGUUUCGCACUUAGUUCCUACAUCUACCCACCUCUUUAAACCUGUUUCAUGUCUGUUUGUCCAAUAUGAGGAGUUUCUCGACGCUGCCGCAUCCCUCUCAAGCUUGGGGAAUUCUCGUACCAGGAUGUGACGGCAUAAUACAUGAAAGACAACACACUUAGAACAUAUUCUGCAGCUAUUUGAAAUUAAAGAAAAAGGUAGGGUAGAUUUCCGUAUCAAUUUUUGCUCAGGCAACCUGAGAGAUUGUAGCAUAUUAUCCCAAGCCAACAUUCUUUGCUGAUGGCCCGGACUGGGUGACCAGUUACAAGUCAAUUUUCUUCACGGAAUUGGAAGAAAAUUUGUUCAUAUGGACGAGGUUAGGUUCAGACGUAGAAUCGUUUUGUCCAGGAUUGCCAGUUCUCUUGGCGUAGGUAGUCAAGGUGGCAACGGGCAAAGCGGAAGUAUCGGGGUUCAAUCUACAGCUGCUAGAAUCUUGCGAGCUUUAUGGUGGGAGCAUCCUUCUUGUGAAUGCCAUCAGAAUGGGGAUUACUUGUAGCGUCACUCUACCGCUAUGGAAUAACGGUGAUCGGGUACAUAAUGUACGACUUUUUGAAUCCGCUUUUCCAGGCUAUUGGUACCUCCCUGCGGUCCUAGGUUGGUGCCACCAGUACGCUCCCGAAGAUAUCUCUAGUAGGAGGACGUAUUAUCAGUUCUUCUCGAUUGAUUACCUUGAUGGAGACACGCCCUUGUUUGAUUUCGAGUUGGGCUUUCAAGUGCAAAUCCUAGGUUCCUCUAAGGUAUAGUCCUGGCAACAUCUUUCGUUGUUAUCUGUAUCAUCCACUCGAGAAGUAAAGAAAUUUUGACCAA